AUGACGCCCCCUUUAUCAUGCUGCGCGCCCACAGGCCCUGUCCCUCACAAGGGGGCAGGUGUCCGUAUGGGCGACUUGAGCGGCGGGAAAGAGGGGGCAGAGCGACGGGCUCGCGUCUUCCUUUCCGGGUCGACGCGGGCCCACGGACGCCUCGUGCACGCCUUACUAGCAGAACUUUCAUGUCUAACCUCGCCUUCUGGAGGAGGAGAUGGAGGCGGCGUCCGGUACAUUCUCUCUACCUGCAACCCGCAUCUCGAGCUUUUUCGUUUCGUGUCGCGUUGCAUGCGUGAGGACGAAAGCUUCGAAUUGCUCAAAUGA